AUGGAUUCCAAAGGAUACGAAGAGGAAAACACCGUGCCGAUAACGGAACGACCCAAUGAACUGACCCGGGAUAUCGAUGUUGGUUCUGCAGGUGAUAUUGUCCGAAUUCUGCGCCAGUGCGAUUCGCAGAUAUUUUCGGGCUGGAAACACUUUCAGAGUAUUUAUGACGAGGAAACCAUUUUUGUGAUGGAAAAAGUAGUGGAGAAGGCUGCAGAAGUAUUGCAGCAAAGCGGUGCUGUUGUGUUGAGCGGGUGUGGUACAUCGGGGAGAAUCGCUUUUUUUUUAGCUCAGAAAUUCUCCAAGCUUGCAAAAGAACAGGGACUAUCAGCGAGUUAUGAAUAUCUUAUAGCUGGAGGUGAUAUUGCUCUGUUCAUGUCUCAGGAAGCACCUGAAGAUGAUUGGAGGAAAGGCCAGGAAGAUUUAGCACGGGUGUCCAGUAACAAGACCAGGGUACUGUAUAUUGGCAUAACAUGUGGUCUGUCAGCACCUUAUGUGGCUGGUCAAUUGGAUUACUGCAUGAAUCACCCUGAUGUUUUUAUCCCAGUUCUUCUGGGAUUCAACCCUGUGAGCCAAGCAAGAAGGAAUGUAAUAGAGGGAUGGAGCAAGUCAUUCUAUGAUGUUGCUUGUGCUUUGCAAGGUAAGGAGAGCAUGGUAGGCAUGCCAUUUUUAUCAGCCUAUUUAGGCUAUCCAGGCUCUUGGAUUGUUUCCAAAAGACUAAUAAUUUUAAACUGACAAGAGAUAGCCUACAUUGCAGCCAUGCAUGCUCUGGACCAUUAGAAUAGUCUGUCUGCGAAUUACACCUGUAGUGCACAAAAGCUCAUUCUGGUGAGCAUUUCUCAUGUGAACAUUUCUGAUAGGCGAGUUUCUCACGGGUUUCUUACACAACUCACAAUUGGCCCAAUCCUUACAUGUUCAUGACGGUCGGGUGCAGGUUAGACAUAUCAACAGAUGGAAGUUGGCAAAGAGCAUUAAAAAGCCUUUUAAAGUAAACAAUGAAAGAGCAGUUCGAACUUGAAAGCCUUCUUCCUGAACAACGACAAAAAAAAAUGCUUUGAGAGAAUAAUAUUGCUCAAGGCCAGAAUGUGUUUUUGUGUUUGCCAACUGGUUUAAUUUCCAUCGUCUUCUUAUUGCUACAGAUGCACUGCCACGUAUUCUGCAAUCUUGCCGACACUGACUAGUGUUCAUCGAAACAAAUCAGGAAAUCAUGAUAUUCUUGGGCGGACAAAAAAACACACACACAUGUAGCUAUUCAGAUCCAGGCUAUUGGAGAAAACCCAAGAAACUAAGGUUAUUUGGCUGUGAUUAAAAGCUUAAGGCUUUAACAGAGGUAAAAGAAAACCAUUUACUAGUAAAUGGUAAACUGCCUCUGUGAUCAAAUCCUUUCAAAAAACAGCUAAACAUAAACCACAGGAACGAACUGCUUAGCUUAGCUUAGCUUAGAUGUGCUCACUUAGAGCUGUAAAACUAAGAUUUGCUCGGUCAAAGUUUAGAAUACUCCAUGCACUGCAUAAUCUAUGCUGAAGAGCAGAAGUAAGAAAAACCUCUGUUGUUUAAGUUGACUCUAAGGUCACAUUUCACACUAUCUGGAGCUCACUCUCUCUUUUGUCACAAGCUAUGAUUUGUGUUUGGCAUGUGAACACUUAUUUUCAAAUCAGACUAAUCACAAACUGCAAAGGAAACUAGCCAAUCAAAUAUGCUGACAUAGGUUCUUGCGACUCUGCAGGAAUUGAACCCAAUAUUGUGAACUAAUUCACAGAUGCUCUAUACAAAAGCUUUAGAGUGUCUUCGGUGCAGGCAAACAAGAGAAGGUUCCUGCUCUCUCUACCCAAUCAUUGAAUAUUAACUUAAUAUAUCUGGAUGCCUAAAAGGUAUUAAAAGUUUUUAUCCUCUUCUUCCCAACUCCCCCACCCCCCUUUGCCGGAAAAAUCAGUUGAAGAGAUCCCAAAAUUUAGAGGCAAAAGACAAGAGUUAAAUAGCUUUGAAGAUUUAGAUACCCAUUUGAAGGCAAAAAGUUAUGACAAAACCUGAAAACCACACCAAGCUAAGGUGGGAGUAAGUCUACUCUUCCGGACCAAUCAGGCAAGGCAGCCCCCUCCUACCCUCAAGUCUCUGGAUUAUGAUAGUGCAGAAACACAAUUUCAAUGAAUACUGUAUAUUUUCUAUUUUGUGCCACUGCAGCAAUGGACCCUUUUUCUAAUGAAAGCUUAGCUAACACCCAAUAUAAUCUCACCUGUUGUAGACAACUGAUUUGAUCUUCAAAUAGCCACUUUGGUUUGUCUUUAGGGGUAGUAACUCACAGAAAUAUUGGCCAUGUCUUGAUCUGCUAAAAGGGGAGGAAAGCUUAAGCACUUCAGUGUACGCAUGUAGAGUUUGUGGACCUGACCCCCCAAAAAGGAAAAAUAUAAUAUUCCAUCUUUAAAGAAUAUUUUUCUUCUUUAUCUAUUGAUAAAGACAACGCUCAUCAUUUAAUUUGAAAAUUUCCUGAUACAGAUUGUGAAAGUGGAAUCAUCCUCAACCCAGUUGUUGGACCAGAAGCCAUUACUGGUUCAUCUCGUAUGAAAGGUGGAAGUGCUACAAAAAUUCUCCUGGAGAGCAUACUGCUUAAAGGACAUAUUGCAGUGGGGAAGUCAUCAUUAAUGCCAGGCUGUAUUGAUACACUUCGUCAGUUUCUUUUGAUGUAUGAGCACAUGUAUCGAGCCACAUACCUUAAUCAUUCUAGUAUAUCGAAAGCUGUAGAGCUGGCUGCAAAGAGCCUACAAUGUAAGGGCCAAGUGUACUAUACUGGAUGGGGAUCAUCUGGGUUCAUGGGCCUCUUAGAUGCCUCUGAAUGUGUUCCUACAUUCAGUGCCCAUUUUGAUGACAUCAGAGGAUUUCUGGAAGGAGGUUAUCAUACUCUUAAGAACAAGGAAGGAGAGUAUCUACUAAAUGGAUUAACAAGGCUUCAGAUUUCUCUGAAAGAUUUUCAAGAAAGUUUUUUGCCCAACUUGACAUUGCAUGACACGGUAACAUUUAUUUGUUCUGAAGGUAAAGUCAUUCAGCAAGUGAGGAAGUUGGUAAAUCUGACAGAGAAGAAAGGAGCACAUGUGAUUGGCAUUGUUUGUGAGAAGGAAAAAGAGUUAAGUAAUGUUUUCAGGAACAAAUGUCUUAUUGAACUUAAACAACCAUCAAGACAAGAACAACUGUUUGAUGGUCAUUUACCAGUAUUUGACAGUAUUUUGAACCAGUGUCUUAUGGAGAUGUCCAUCAAGUGGAUUCUUAAUGCUGUCUCGACUGGAGCACAUAUAGUAAAAGGCAAAGUUCUGGGAAGUUUCAUGAUUGAUCUCAAAGUCAGCAACAACAAGUUGUUCCAUCGAGCAGUAUCCAUAGUUUCAAAGUUUGCCAGGGUUAGUCAAGAAAGAUCUCAUCUUGCUGUUUUACAGUCAAUAUACAGGUCUGAUGUUGUUGACAGUGUAAUUAAUCAGCAAGUAUCUCAGCAUGUUUCUAUAGCAACUGCCAUGGAUCAAGUUGUACCGGUAGCAGUAUUAGUAGCUACGGGCAAGUUCAAUAUUGAGUCUGCUGUAGAGCUCUUAAGGACAAAAACAAUUUCCCAUAUUCUCAGAAAUUGA